AUGAUUUGCGGAAGUAAACAACUCGCAGUCUGCUCGAUGAAAACAAAACAAACAGUUUGAUGAGUGAAGUCCUCAGGCUGUGAGCAUACACGGUAACUCGUAUGACUCUUAGAUUGCCCUUUCGUUAAUCUAAAUGGACGUUCAAACGUGAUUUGUCGCUGUGUUUACUGUCCUUUGACAUCUGACCACAGUAGUAAACGGAUGGGUGUGCCCCGGCUCUGUUGGCAGCACGCAGCGGAAGGGAGGAGGAGGGCCUGUCUGUCGGUGGAUCUGUCUGUCUGACUGGGUUAGCUGGAGACAGGCGGAGCCGGUGUUUGUGAUGGGAGCUCGCUAACUAGGAAGGGCGACUAAACCUUUAAGUGACAGAAAGAGAAACAAGAAACAAGCAGCGGGUUCGCUGGGUCGCGUAGCUAGGUUGCUGGGAUUACUGGGACUUUCGAUAUGAUAAUUUUUAGACUAUUUUUCAUGUUUUGCUGCCUACGAAACAUAACAGGUCAGUUUGGGAACCCCUUAAACAAAUUCAUUCACCACUAUGAAGGUUUAUCGUACGACACAGAAGCCCUGCACAGCAGUCACCAGAGAGCCAAGAGGGCCCUCUCUCCUCAGGACAGGACUGUUAACCUGGACUUCCAUGCACAUGGAAGACAUUUUAACCUGCAGAUGAAGAGGGAUACGACUCUAUUUUCUCCGGACCUCGUCGUUGAUGUAUCAGGACAGGAGGAAUCCGUUGAUACAUCUCAUAUUUACAGCGGAGAAGUCUUUGGUGAGAAGGGCACGCUGACCCAUGGCUCUGUGGUCGAUGGGCGCUUUGAGGGCUUCAUCAUAACUCACCAUGGAACUUACUAUGUUGAACCCUCAGAGAGGUACCUUAAGGACAAGAAUGUACCCUUCCACUCCGUCAUCUAUCACCAGGAUGACAUCGAUUAUCCUCAUAAGUAUGGCUCAGAGGGUGGCUGCGCUGACCACUCAGUGUUCAACAGGAUGAGGAAGUUCCAGGCAUCCGCAGUUGAAGAGCCAGUCAAAGAUGAAAACAGUGUCUUGGAGGAGGAGAGCACCCAUGGUCCUAUUAUUCUGAGGAGAAAAAGGGCGGCAGCAAAAGAAAAAAACACCUGUCAGCUCUUUAUCCAAACCGACCAUCUUUUUUAUAAAUACUACGGCUCCAGAGAAGCUGUCAUUGCCCAGAUCUCCAGCCACGUGAAGGCCAUUGACUCCAUCUACCAAGCCACAGACUUCAUGGGCAUCCGCAACAUCAGCUUCAUGGUUAAAAGGAUCAGAAUUAAUACCACCAGCGAUGAAAAGGACAAAUCAAAUCCUUUCCGCUUUGCCAACAUCGGUGUGGAGAAGUUUCUGGAGCUGAACUCUGAACAGAACCACGACGACUACUGCCUAGCUUACGUCUUCACUGACAGGGACUUUGAUGACGGAGUUCUUGGCUUGGCCUGGGUCGGAGCUCCUUCAGGAAGCUCCGGGGGUAUCUGUGAGAAGAGCAAACUGUACUCUGAUGGAAAGAGGAAGUCCCUGAACACUGGUAUCAUCACCGUGCAAAACUAUGCUUCCCAUGUCCCUCCCAAAGUGUCACACAUCACCUUCGCUCAUGAAGUGGGGCACAACUUUGGCUCUCCUCAUGACUCUGGGAUUGAAUGCACCCCUGGAGAGUCGAAACAGCAGGAGAAAAAGGAGCAGGGAAACUACAUCAUGUAUGCCAGAGCUACAUCAGGAGACAAGCUUAACAACAACAAGUUCUCCAUCUGCAGCAUCCGCAAUGUAAGCGCUGUUCUGGCCAAGAAGAAAGAUGAUUGCUUUGUCGAGUCUGGCCAGCCUAUCUGCGGUAAUGGACUAGUAGAAGAGGGAGAACAGUGUGACUGCGGCUACAACGAUCAGUGUAAAGACCCCUGCUGCUAUAGUGCCAAUGAGCCAGAGGGCAGAAGAUGCAAACUCCAACCAGGCAAAAUCUGCAGUCCCAGCCAAGGCCCAUGUUGCACACCAGAGUGUUCUUACAAGACCAGUAAAGCAAAGUGCAGACUGGAGUCCGAGUGUGCCCUAGAAGGCACGUGCAAUGGGGCGACACCUCUGUGUCCUGCCUCAGAACCAAAGGAAAACUUCACCUCCUGCCAUUCAGAGACACAAGUCUGCCUCAACGGGGUAUGCUCCGGUUCAAUUUGUGCAAAGUAUGGCCUGGAGGUUUGCACCUGUGCCAGCCAGGAUGGCCAGGAUGAAGCAGCCGAGCUCUGUCAUGUGUGCUGCAUGGAGAAAGCGAACCCCGACACCUGCAGCAGCUCUGGCUCAGAGAAAUGGGAAAAAUUCUUCAACAAGAAGGUCACAACGCUGCAGCCUGGCUCCCCCUGCAACGACUUUAAGGGCUACUGUGACGUGUUCAUGAGGUGUCGUCUGGUGGACGCCGAUGGGCCUCUGGCAAGGCUGAAGAAGGCCAUCUUCAAUGCAGAGCUGUAUGAGAACAUUGCUGAGUGGAUAGUGGCUCACUGGUGGGCAGUGCUUUUGAUGGGCAUUGCUCUUAUUAUGCUAAUGGCUGGCUUCAUCAAGAUCUGCAGCGUCCACACCCCAAGCAGCAAUCCCAAACUGCCUCCACCAAAGCCACUGCCAGGUACCCUGAAAAGGAGAAGACAGCAGCAAGCAAAUCAGCAGUUACAGAGCCAACGUCCCCAACGUCAGUACAGAGAGAACUAUCAAAUGGGGCAGUUGAGACGCUGAGACGCUGCUCCACUCUUUGCCUUGGUUCUUCCUAGUGCCUACAUCAGGAGCACUUCACUCCAAAGAGUUACCUUUACCAUAUUUUGCAAAAAUUCAAAGACCUUGCACCUGGAUUGGUUUUCACUGGACUAAGCCUGAAGUUUCAGGCCUAAACAAACUCAACUCGUCCUGCGUCUGCUCUGAGAGCCAGAUCUGCAGUGGUUCACACAGCUUUUAUAGGAAAUGAAUAACUUUUCCAGGGAGCAACAGGAGGAGAAAUUCACUGAUCUGUGAUAUGUUGUCUUAAUCUUAAUUCUCUCUUAGAAUGCUUUUUUCCAGAACGGAGGCGAGGGAAGUAGAAUGCACUUUUCUUUGUCCUACAUCCGUGCCAGCUUUUCUUCCCUGUUCUUCCUCUUAGAGGUGCUGCCAUCAUCAGCACCAUGGCAAGACUGCAAGUCAUACAUGAGUUUUAGAGCUUGAGUAGGAGGAGCAACCACUUUUGUUUGCCAAUGUAAUAAGAUUAUUUUAAAUCAAACUACCAUCAAAAAUUAAAGCUUUUCUUUCUGAAGCAUACGCGUUCUUUCAGUGUGCAGUAGUACAGAGGUUGCAGUAGUUUUUUUCUCUGUUUCAGUUUAUUUUCUGCUUGACAAAGAUUACUUUCUGUUUUAAUUCACUUUCUCAGGAUUAAUGGAACACCAGAAGACAAGUUUAUGGGGUGGAAAAGAUGGAUGCAUGCAUAUUUCAGGGUGAAGUCCCUCUUGGCCGUACAGAGAUGUGGGGAUGUAGAGGAGAGAGAGAGAGAGAGGUUGUAUGAAAGAAUGUAGAGGAACGAACUGAACAAGAUUAAAGAGGCGUCUGGUAUCAGAUGCAGAGCUGUGCGGAGGAAAGGGAUCAUCUUGAUAUGAAGUAUUCUUGUUGUGCUGCUGCGUUUACGUAGAGGCAGAAAUGAGUCAGAUCGGUGAGAGAAAAGCUUUUUUACAGUUUGAUUGUAUCAUCUUUUAGUCCGUCGUAGCUAUUUUUUUUUUUGUACCUGACUUCUUGCUUUGGCUCUGAUUUCUGCAAUGACAACUUAAUGCUGCAAAAGGAAUAUUGAAAAAUGUUCAAACUAAACUCUUGGCACAAAAAAACUGCAUAAACAAGAGAGAACUUUAGAAAAGAAGUGUCCUGGAGUAGUUGUUCCACCCUCCUUCUGUUUCUGUCACCUUUUCUGUUUCACACACUGGCCGUCUAAGACAUGACUCUUAAAACCACUAAUAUCAGUUAAAUCCUCUGGGCCUCUAUAGCCAGAUGAACCUCUCUGGUCUAAUGUGAUUGUGGAUUUAGCUUUUAAUAAUUUUACUUGUAGUUCAGGUUAUUUGUAUAUGUGGAGCAAUCGCUUUAGUAAAAGUAGAGCUUCUGAUUUUAUAGCUGCUUUGUCUCUGCUCUUAACAGACAUUUACCAGAGCGAACAAUCACUUGGCGUUUACCAUCCAUCUGCUGCUCUGUCCUUUGUUUUCCCACUCACCAGAUUUUCCUCAAGGAACUCUGUUACCUUUGUUACACCCUCUUGGUUUGGUUUGUGUGAUUGCAUUCAAAAUGUGCCUACUCAGAGUAGCGAGACUGAAGUUGGUGUUCUAGUGUCAGUGAUCUUUACCGGGCCUGGAACCAGGCAUGAGGUGGCAGUUUGUCCGUACACUGUUAUUAGUCUGGACUGCUGAGAUUGUAGUCAGAAAAACAAAUUCAGAGUUGGUAUAUAUAACACACUUUUUUCAGACUUCUAAGAAUAAUUAUUUUAUUUACUUUGUAUAAUAUUCCUUUUUUGACCAGCUCUGAUUUGACUCAGAUUGAGUUUUCAGUUAUCCUCAGCCAGAUUAAAUACAGGAUAACUUCACUGAGAGAUGGAUGAGCGUGCAGCCUAUAAAAAUAUACUUUAAAAAUACAUGUUUAGUUUCUUAAAAUUAUAACAGGAGGAUAUGACUUGGUGGAGAAAUCUUUUUUAUUUGUCUUACCUUUGCUGAAGAGUUGCGUAAAGCCCCGCUGCAGCUCAGCAUCGUCUUCUGACUGUAAGGUGUUAGUAUGUUGCGUUAUCCAUCAGAUUUAUUCUAUGCAGAGUAUCACAGAGCUCAACAAUGAACAAGUAAGCCUCUUUACAGAGAAUGCCUUCACUGUUUUUCUCCUAAAUGGGUACAUGGAAGUUGUGUUUUCUGUUGUUGUUUUUUUAACACACAAAAAUGAAAUCCUCUGUGGCUUUUAAAACUGAUUUGUCUUCUUGGUGCUACUUGUAGUGCUUUCAUCUUGGUUCUGAGCUUACGGUUUAUUUUGACUCUCUUUUGCAAAUUUUUAAAGCUUUUGUGUGGUGUGAUUUUAAGUGUGCAUGUGUGUGUGUGUGUGUGUGUGUGUGUGUGUUUGAGUGAGAGAUGCUUUGCUGAAUCAUCUUUUUUGUUGUUAUGGUGAGGCGUGGACAAUACUGGGUUUUGGGGAUUUUACUCUGGGAAAUUUUUUCUUUGUUUCAAGUAUUGCUAUGAUGUUGCGAAAAUGUGCACUGAAGUAUAUGUGAUGUAAACAGCGAAUCCAAAAUGGCAUAGAUUUAGUACUACUGUCUUGAUUUAAUACGUCCUGUGUUUUAUACAGCGUCUUCAAUGGGUGGUUUUUGUUUCAUCUUUUUUCGUUCUGUUUCCCAUUCAGCUAACUUUGACUUUUAAUUAAAUUUACAAAGGUGAUGUACAAAAAUAUAAUUUCCUUUGAACUACUUGAAAUGCAUUAAUAAACCAGAAUUGAUCAAA